AUGGAACCCACUUUUCCGCUAUUUCGACUACCCGAGAAUGCUAUCCUUCAGGUGCUCCAAAACAUGGAUCCCAAUCAAUUAUUAAUCAUCUCCAUUGUCUCAAAUAAAACCAAGCACUUUGUGACAUCAUUAGUAUUAAGAAUCUCUAAUGUUGAAAUCUGCAUUUCUGAUAUGAUCAUUCUAAAAGUGCACAUUGAAACAUUCCUUCUCGCUUUAAUCUUUUAUGCCAAUUCGAAUGAUCAGAAUGAGUUGUUAUCCGUAGAUAUAACUCUUCCAGUUUCUGCGUAUCUUCCAUUUGAAAACACAAGAAUCCAAUCAUCAUCUCAGUUCAACUUCAGCGAUUGGAUGAAUCACAUCAAGACCGUAUUCUGCUUUUCCAAACCGCCGAGUGUUUAUUUUCGUGAAGGCUGUGAGAGAUUUGAGGUUCAAUCGUUGAAAACUGCGAUUGGAAAUGUUGAUGCUCUCUCUGUUCCUAGCCAAGUAACUGAUGCUUAUAGCACGGAAAUUUUGAAAUGUUUUAAUACUCCCAACAAUUUAAUCCUGGAAAGGAAUCCAUUUGAAGAGACUCAUCAGAUUCAACAAAUACUUAUUCAAAACUUCAAAAUGUUCGAGUUUUCUAGUGUAUGCUCGUUGGAUGACAUGUUAUUGUUCAACAGUGAAAAAGUCAGAUUCACACAUCCAAUAUCUCAGAAACAAUUCAAUCGAUUCAUCAAGCAUUGGAUCCGUGGGUCUAAUAUAAGACUACAAUACAUGGCUCUAUCAAUUGAUAAAACUGGUUCUGUGAACAGAGAAGAGUAUUUGAACGGAAUCAAAUGGAUGGGUACGAAUUUAGAUGCAAAAAAGGAAGUCCGUCGGAAACACAGAAUUGACAGUGAUUAUGUGGUUCAAAUCAAACGGAAAGACGGAACAUCCGCAGUGAUUGUGAUCGAGAGUUUACAGAAUGUUCUUUAUGUCCGUUUUAUUGUUUUGUACUAA